AUGACAAUGGCAGCGCAAUCUGUCGACCCUGCUCAGCCUUUCGUCCUGCCAUCAUCUCCAUUUUAUACGCCAAGUAGGAAAAGAGCCGCGUCUCCUCCAUCACCUACCACAACACCUCAAGCUCAACAGCCACACACAGCGCCAUCGCCAUGGACUAGCAACGGCCGUUCCUCACCUCCAGAAGAAUCUUCUUAUCAUCACAGCAAGAGGAGAAGACCAAACCUCGCGAACGGCUUUCAGAGCUUGUCAAUUUCGAUCGAGCAAGCUAACAGAGUACCCAUUGACCCAGAUCAGCUUCUCGACCAUGCCGAUCAAGCGACUGAAAAGGACGAGGGUAUUGGCUUGACACGAUCGGCAAACAAUGACGUGAGAGUGGAGGUACUUCCCGACGAAAGGUCAAGUAAAAGGCAUCAUCACCACUCUACUACACAUCACUGGUCGAUCCCUACUCGUGCUGGUCCAUCAUCUAGUUCUUCUUCUUCAACGUCGCCUACCACAUCGGGCGAAGAGAAUCAUGAUUCUGAUACCACAUUCACCUAUCCCUUUCAACGGCGCAGAAGAUACGCUGGUGUUGCGCAGCAGGCUGAUGAGAUCGUUCAACCUGAUCAGCCUGAAACCUUCGGAUCAAACGCUGAGCUUGGUGUGGAAGAUGUCACGACACAUAUUCCUCGCUCGGGAAGAAGAAGCAGAGAACAUGAUAGUGACGCCAGCAUGGAAAUCGAGCCCAAAGGGAAGAGAGUGAAGAGGGAAGGUGAAAUGGAUAUGGAUAUGGACGAUGUUCCAUCAAUAGUAAUGAAUGAAGUCGACAAGAGAAGAAAAAGGAAGACCAUUUGGCACGAGCCUGAAAAAGACCGUAUCGUCAUUACUUGUCUCUCUGAUACAUCAUCUUCCCGCGCUUCUUCUCGUUCACCUUCUCCCGAAGAGAAAGACAUCGAGGAGUCGUAUCUUUCCCAGCCCGGCAUGCAAGGUUUCACUCUAUCACCUUCACUUCUCACUCACUUGCUCAAAACGCAACGAGAUCGAUUGAAUGCCAAAUUUCCUCAUACCGGUGAUCAAAGCUCUCUUGUCGUGUAUCGACCGUUAGGUAUCCCUCCUGGAGAUUGGAAUGAAUCUGCAGUCAGGAAUUGGCAGCCUGACAAAGAAUAUGUGGACUCUGGGCGUUUUCAGGAGGUGGAUGACGACGAGAAUUAUGACAAACCAGAAUCAAUGCAUAUGGCCGAGGAUGAGCCUAUGGAUAUGGAUGGUGAUGUGCAGAUGGAUUAG